AUGUCUGCUGGAGGAGAGAAGUCCAAGUCUGCUUCCCAGACCGACGGGAAGGCCGCUCACAACAAGAUGUCCGAUAUGGGCUCCUACAAGAUGUGCGUGUACGACCAGGAGAACUUCCAGGGUCGCUGCAUCGAGAUCAACGGCGAGUGUAUGAACGUGUGCGACAUGGGAAUGGACAGAGUUCGCUCCCUGCGCGUCAACUGUGGCCCCUUCGUGGGUUAUGAGCAGAUGAACUUCUGCGGAGAGAUGUUCAUCCUGGAGAAGGGAGAGUACCCCCGUUGGGACUCCUGGAGCAACUGCCAGAAGAACGACUACCUGCUGUCCUUCAGGCCCGUCCGCAUGGACCCCGAGAAGCACAAGAUCUGCCUGUAUGAGGUCGGACAGUUCAAGGGCCGUAAGAUGGAGAUCAUGGACGAUGAUGUCCCCAGCCUGUACUCCUACGGUUUCACCGAUAGGGUUGGCAGCAUCAUGGUCAGCUGUGGAACCUGGGUGGGUUACCAGUUCCCCGGCUACCGUGGCAGCCAGUACCUGCUGGAGAAGGGCGAGUACAGGCAUUUCAAUGAGUUUGGCGCCCGCUGCCCCCAGAUGCAGUCCAUCAGGCGUAUCCGUGACAUGCAGUGGCACCCCCAUGGCUGCUACACCAUGUCCUCCAAGUGAAACGCAGUGAAGGCGAAGAAGAGAGGGAUCGGAGGAGAGACAGGGGCCAAGAGCGAGCAAAGAGACGGAGGGGGAGGCGGUGGAGGGAGGGCCAAGAAGGAGAGGAGGAAGGAGAGGGUGUAAUGUUUUCUCCUCUGACCAAAAGUCCCUUGUCGCUUUGAAUACAGAAUGAAGGGAAUACGGCAUGUUGUUAUUUUUCGCUGAUGGAACAAUGUAACCUAGCAAGCAACGAAAAAGUUAUUCAAAGUGGAGGAGGAGAUAAUUACACUGCCCUUCGUGACUGAAUCUGAUAAUAAAA